UCUAAUCGAAUCCACAAAAAAUCACGAUGAAUUCGACAAAAAACAUAUCCGAAUCCAAAGCCGUCGCUUACACAUCCGCAAUUCCACUCCGGCAAGCUCCGUGGAAGAGAGGCGCCUCAAUUUUCGACUUCAUUCUCCGGCUAUGCGCGGCGGCGGCCGCCCUCGCCGCCGCCGCCACCAUGGGCACCACCGACGAAACGCUCCCUUUCUUCACGCAGUUCUUCCAGUUCCAAGCCAGCUACGAUGAUCUCCCCGCUUUCACGUUUUUUGUGGUGGCAAAUGCUAUUGCUAGUAGCUACCUAGUGUUAUCAUUGCCUUUCUCCAUUAUUGGAAUUGUUCGACCUCAAGCAGCGGGAAUCAAGCUUCUUCUUCUCAUAUUCGACACGGCGGUGGCGGCGUUUACGACGGCGGCGGCGGCAGCAGCGGCGGCGAUUGUGUACCUAUCGCACAACGGCAACUCGACGGUGAACUGGCUAGCCAUCUGCCAGCAGUUCACCGAUUUCUGCCAGCGUGUGAGCGGCGCGGUGGUGGCGUCGUUCAUCGCCGCCGUAAUCCUCAUCUUCUUGAUCGUGCUUUCCGCGGUGGCGCUGCGCAGCCACUGAUUUUCAGGAGCUUCUUUGUUUUUCCACUUUAAUUUCUUUUUAUAAUUUCGACAUUUGUGAUUGUUAAAAAUCAUGUAAUUAUUCGGAGAUGCAUUGAAAUGUGAAAAGCUUUUCUAUGUCAAAAGUUGGGUUUUUUCUA